GAUUCUUCUCCUGCCCCUCGGUUGCCUCGUUUCUCUCGCUUACUCCUGCAUCGGGAUUCCUGCUCCCUUCCUCUUCCUACUACCACCACUACUACUUAUAUGCUCUGUUUCUUGGGUAAAUUUUGCUCACCCAACUCUUUGAGUUAGUGUUGCUUUGAUCAUAAGCACACCCUUCUCGCUUCUUCUUCUUCUUCUCUCUCUCUCUCUCUCUCUUGCUUCUGUUGCCUUGAACUUCUAUCGAGAUAUCAUCGGUAUCCGGAGUUGCGGUUGGCAGUGAGGAAGGAAGAUGCUCUGCAAUGGAGAGAAGUUGGGCAUCAGCUCAGGCAAGGAACGGCCACAGAUGGUGGGUGAAAGACCUAUGACCGCUGCUAAGAGCUGCAAUAGUAUCACCACUACAACCACCAUCACCAACAACAACAAUGGUAGCAGUACCAUCACUAACACCAACAACAACGAUAUGGUCCAUGUCAAUUCUACUACUCCCGGUGCUGCUAGGGUUAUGGACAAGCCGUCAGCGCAAGAUCAUCCACAGGCGGCGCUGAGAUGCCCCCGAUGUGACUCCUCCAACACCAAGUUCUGUUACUACAACAAUUAUAGCCUGUCUCAGCCGAGGCACUUCUGCAAGGCGUGCAAGCGGUACUGGACCCGCGGCGGCACGCUCCGGAACGUCCCCGUCGGCGGCGGGUGCCGCAAAAACAAGCGCGCCAAGAAGCCGGCAGCCGCUCCCAUGGUGCCGCCGGGUAAUCCGCACCCCCGCCCUCUUUUUCCGCCGGAUCCGAUCGCUUGUUUGUCGGCGCAGAGAUCUUCCUCUUCCCAACUCGACGCCGCCGCGAUUUACGCCCUGCAAGCGGCGGCUUCAUCUUCGGAUAUGAGCCUCACGUUGCCAAUUAUCGCGAACAGCAUCCACUUCCCGUCUUGCGCUUCUGCCUUCGAUCUGCAGCCUCAUCUCGGCGCACUUGGUCUCGGGCUGUCGUCCGACCCGCUGCUCGAAAACGAGUACCAUCUCGGGGAGCUUCAGCCAUUAGCGCCGAUGAGCUCAGCCGCGAUUUCACUCUUGAACGACUAUCCAAUCUUUGGUUCAUCUCUGUCAUCUGCAUCGCUUCUAGUAUCGGGCAUUAAACGGCCCAAGCAAGUGGAGGACCAUCAAGUCUUGUUGCCGCUUGAUGAACUGCAAACCUCUGGCGGGAUGAGCGAGAGCAUUAAUGGGAUGAUGAAGGAAGUGAAAUUAGAAGGGCAGACCAAUCACAUGGUGAACGACAACAUCAACAGCUGCAUAGAUUGGCAGAUUCCACCGGAGAAUUCUUUGGAUGAUUACGGUCCAGCUGCAGCAGUGUACUGGAAUGCUGCCAUCAGCGGCGGCGCCGGUUGGCCAGACGGCACAAACUGCGGGUGGGUCGUCGGUCACGCCUCUGAUCUAGUCCGAAUGGAUAAUUAGUACCGUCUCUCAACUUUGCUCAUCGUUCAUAAUUGCUGCUUCUCUCAAUUACCAGUAGUAGUAGUGGGCUAUAACUAUAUUUCAUGUUCGUCGUGAUGGGGGCAACGCGGGCGGAUCACCGGAGGGAAUGCGGAUCGGAGAGUUCCUGUCGGACGCAAACGUCUCAAGCCCCUUGUGUUUUUUCAGUCAUUGUGGCAUCAAGAAGACCGUUUGCUCCGAGAGGAACCUCGGAUCCAUUCGGCUUAAUCGGUAACAUGCAUUAUCCAUCUCCGAUCGUACUCGGAUGAUGUUUAGCCUUGUGAAUUGGGAAGGAAGAGGAAGAAGACUUCUGUAGAGGUGCUGGAGGAGUGAGCUGGUUGUGCAUGUGUCUACAUGGCAGGCAUGGCAUACCAUCUUCUUCUAAUGUACUGGUUACUGCGUGGUUGGUCUUUCAUCAUAGCUUCUUCUUCUUCUUCUUCAUCAGUAAAUGUGAUCUCAGUUGGUGCAGAAGCCAAUUAACAACCAAGUCCUUUUCUUCUUCUUCUUCUUCUUCUUCUUCUUCUUCUUCUUCUUCUACUACUGUUUUCUCUUUUCUCUUUUCUUUGGUGUACUUGCAGAAAAGAUUUAGUACAAUAAUCUUCUGGA